UCUUUGAAAUUUAUGUCAGAACCGUAACUUAAAAUGCUAUUAUAAAACAUAAUAAACAUAGUUUCCCCGUAUUAUCUAACCCCCAUUUUUUGUAAUUACUUGACUAACAAUGCAUUCCACUAAUAAUAAUCAAUAUAAACUGCUGAAGCUAGGUUCCAAAAAUACCAAAGGCUCGGAGGAGAUCUGCCAGCUGCGCCAACUCAUCGUUGAAUUGAUGAAGCCAAAACUAGCUCAACUUCGAGAGAUCCUGGAGAUCCGCAUUGUGCCGGUCACGCGAGACUAUUACGACGAUGAGGUUGAGGACUGGUGGCCGGAUUAUGAGGUAUUCUCUGACCCUCAUCCCAUCAGCGAUAUGAAUGGUUUCCUGGUCCUCACCCAAGAUGUUCUAAAAAGCAUGCCCGAGGAUUUGAAAUCGAUCCGUAAAAAACUCAACGAUGCCUAUUUAGCAGCGAAACCCGAAAACGUAAAGACUAAAACUAGAAAAUACUGCCUGGUGGAAGAACUGAUCGAAGACCUGAUCAACUUUGUGACCAACUUUAGUCGCCUGUGCACUAGGAUCCUUGAGGAGCGCCGGAGCCUCCACGACAUGGCUAACCAAACACUGGACACCGGCGAUCGGAUCAAGCUUAAGGUCUUUGACGAACGCACCUUGGUGCAACUUCAGUCACGAAUCUUAAGCCUGCGAAACUACAUCCGAGACUUCUCUGCCCUGUUCGAGGCACCUGUAGAAACGAAAGAGGAAGCCGCUGUUGGACCUCAGGCUAAGCUCGCCAAACUCGGCCAGGGAACGCUUCAAACGGUAGCCGUAGAUAAGGCCCAGCACUAAGCCGGUCCGAUCAGGAAGUCAUCUGCUCGUUUAUUCCCAAGGCAUAGCUUCCAUCGUUUCCUUUGUUCCCUGUGCCCGAACUUAGGCCACGUUACAGACACAGAUACAUGGCUCCGCCGGCGAUGGGGCAGUAAUAAAGAGUGUUCGCCUCCAGUGUAUUGGAGUAUCUGGGAAA